AUGGUGCGCGUCACCCAGUCUGCAGUAGAUUACUCUGCGACACCAGAACUCUACGCACCCUCGGCAGACAGGAUAUUCAGUGAUUGCGCUACUGCAGGUCUCGCUGCUGCGAACAACCCAACGACCACACCAGUACUUACCCCAGAACUUACUUUGAACCGCAGGAUGGACACCAUUGAACAGUUCUCCUUCUCCAGGCCUGCUGCUGGGCCUGUUCCUGACUCACGCACCACGCCCUACAAUCCCAUGCCUGCUGCUGGGCCUGCUCCUGGCUCAUGCACUGCGCCCUACAAUCCCACGCCUGCUACUGGGCCUGUUCCUGGCUCACGCACCACGCCCUACAAUCCCCGACGCGCAUUUCCUGCCCCGUAA